UUUUGGUUAUGAUUUUAGUGGCUACUUGAACUUAGUGCUAAUACUAGAUCUAGUUUCUAGAUCGACUAGAUCUAACAAUGGGGAAGCAAUGUUCUGCUGUUGGUUGCACUAAUUGCGAUAAUAAACCAGAAUCAAAAGAAAGAAAUAUCAGUUUCCACAAAUUUCCCAUAAAGAACCCCAACCUUUGCAAUGAAUGGGCUGCAAAUAUGAAAAGGAAAAAUGUAGCAAUCAAUGAACACAUUGUCGUUUGCUCCGAGCACUUUGAAGAAGAUUGUUUUACAUAUCAACCUUUCACGCAUCGUAGAUUCUUGAAAACUGGAGCUGUGCCUACAAAAUUUAAUUUACCAGAAACAAGCAAAAGAAAAAGUUUUGAUGAGCCUAUACUCAAAGAUAAAACAUUUGAUCCAGCGAAACAGUUUCUCCCUGUCACAAUGAUCACAGACAAUGAGAAGAGCUCUGUCCAUGCAAUGCUGACCAAAGAUAAUUCAGGACCUCCUCAAACAGAUGCUCGGGGUACUGUUCCAGUAGUGGCACAGCAGACACAGACUCAACCUUUUAGGAGCUUGUCACAAGCAGCAUCAGCACCUUCGCAGCAGACACAAAACCAAAGUAAAUACUCAUCUCUCCUGACCCUUAUAGAGGACAUGGGAAGAGACAUUAGACCAACUUAUGCAGGCAACAGGGGCUCAUCAGAGAGGUUGAAACGAAGUAUAGUCCAUGCAAGAAUUCUUGUCAGAGAUUGUCUAACUGAAUGUGAACGCAUUGCCCGCACAUAAUUUUCCAGUGGAUAUUUUAAAUUCUUUAUGUUGCAAAUUUCAAUGAUUCCUUAUUCUUCAAUUAGAUUUUGUGAUAGCAGCAUUAGAAAACGUUGCAGAUUUCUUUGUUUAUUAAUCAUUCAUUUAGAUUUUUUAAAAUGAAUGACAGUUGAGUGAAAAUUGAAGUUCAGUUCAAUUUAAACCAUAUUUCUUCUUGUUAAAUAUUGCAAUUUUAUAGUUAUUUUAUGCUUUUGCAUACAUUGUUUCACCCUUUGCAAUUAUUACUCGGUCUAUGCAAGACAGGUGCAUCUUUUCUUUAACUCACAAUCUGCCUUAUUAUUGAAAAAUGACCAUCCAUGUUUACUCCCCCUUACUUCCUCUGUGAUCUAGGUAUAUAUUGUUGAAAAAUUCAGUUAUUUUUUUAAAUUAUUAGAAUAUCAAUAAGAUCUAUUUACAGGAUGUGUUGGCGUUAUACAGUAACUUCAGGUACCUAUGCUGGCAAUGAUUAUAUAUUAACCUUGGAAGAUAUUAAAACAGUUCUAAUGUGCCAGAUAGAUUUUAAGUACAAUUGCCUUUGUUAAACAAUUUUUCUACAUGUAUUUUUAUAAUGUAGAGAUUUUUAAAGUUGGUAGUUAAACUUCCAUGGAGUGUAUCUAACUAGAAAAAAAGUGUAUCAAGACCUAACCAAGAGACUCAUGGAAAGGUUUUGUCAUAUAAAUUCAAAGAGUACUUGAUCUGCAAGUUAAAUUUGUUUUUAAAGAUGUCCAUUAUUUGAUUCAGUUCAAAUGUGUACCUAACAGAGGGAAGGGCUUCAGUGGGUUCUUUAACAAAGAGGUAUUGUUGAUCAAGUGGAUGUGAGUUGUGAUAAACUAAUUCUUGUGAUAAGGAGAGAAAAACUGACACUGUUUCAAUAAAUUAUUGUCCUUGUUGCUUUUUUAUGAAACAAUUUGAAUUAAAAAUAAUUUAAAAGUGA